CAAAUAAUCACGAGAGUGAAAGCAAACCAAAACGAGCAAGAAAAGCCAAAGAUCCGAACGCACCAAAAAGACCCCUUAAUGCGUAUUUGAGGUUUUCUUUAGUGAAAAGGGCAGAAUUGAAGCAACAGAAUCCUGGGAUGGGUCCAAAAGAAAUAACAAUAAUGCUUGGAGAAGCGUGGAGAAAAUUAUCCGAAGAUGAAAAGAAGACUUAUCAUGAUCUUGUAACACAAGCUUUCGUGCAGUGGCAAGAAGAUAUGAAAGCAUAUCAAGCAUCAAUUGGUAUAGAGCGUGUACAAUAUAAUCGUGAGCAAAAUACGGUGCGAGCAAAUGAAAGUGCAGACAUAAAUCCUUCCACGGAAGAAAUAUCAGCUCAAGAUAAUAUACAACUAAUUUCGCAAGGUAAUUUAGAAAUGCAACUAGCCUCCGAUAAUGGAGUAAAUAACUUGCCCGAAAUCAUCACAAGUAACAAUACGGUCGAUGGGUUAUAUCAACUUCCAGCAAACACGACAGAUUCAACUUACGACUUAUAUGACCAACGAGAUUCUAUGGAGGAUUUUUUAGACAUGGCUGAUAAUUCACAAGCAUAUGGAUAUCGUUCAACCAAUACAGAUAUGAAUGGAACUCAUUUAUAUAUGGAUUCACUUCCAUCUACGAUGAUUCCUAUACAAGUGGGCAUAGUUAAUCAAGAUGCGCAUAACUCAUACUAUAUUCAAGAUCUUAUUCCUACACAUCAAGAACGAGAACAAAAUCAGGUUGCCAAACAAGAUCUACUUCUUUGCCAACCAUUUGAUCCAUCUGCGGUUAAUCAAGAAUUAGAAUCAAACGUUCAAGAAAAUCCUAUUAUUCAAAAACAAGAAAGACCUGAUGCAAACAAUAUGUUGCUUUGUCAGCCAUUUGAACCUUCCGAUAAUAAAGUCAUGACGGAUAAUGACAAUGAUGAUUCAUGGUUACAAGACGGAACUCAAUAUCAGAAUCAAAUUGUACAACACACACAACAGGAAUUUUCUGAAUCAAUGAUGUAUUCGCAGGUUCCACAAUAUGAGCAGCAAUUUCAAGAACACGCACCUCAACAAUCAGAAGAAAUUCCACUUCAAGAACUUCAACAUAUUGAAAUGUAUCAGCAGUCGUUGCAUCAUCUAAUUCUAUAAGUGAAAUAAAGCAAACUGUUCGUUUACCUAGCAACAUAUUAACUUAUUGAUUAGUGAAUGCUCUAAUUAUUAAAUGCUU